AUGGCGGGCUUUGCUUACCACGGGAUACGGAAAGGUUGGCCCACAAUGUGGAAUAUUGCUGAUGAGAAGCUGUCUCUGCGUAUUCGGAUCGCGUGGCACUGCACGACCGGUUUGGCUGCAUCAGCGCAGGACAUCCGUGCCUUUCCAGCACCCUUGCUACGGAAAGUAAAGAUGCACACUGUAGAAUUCAAGCAUCCUAACAUCACGGUGGGGGGAAUUACGCGUUGUGAGGUUCAACUCCAUCGGCUUCCUGAAGGAAUCUGGGCGUGGGAGUCGCAAAUUCUCUACCAUAUUCCCAAAUCCAGCAUGGUGCUCCUCUACGUCCGACUAGCUUCGAAUCCGACGCAAAUGAAGUGCCUACAACAAACUUCAUAUGCGCGCCUAUCUCGGUCAUGUGAAGCUCAACGUUCCCGGUUGUGUGCGUCGAUAUAUUGGGUUUCAAUUAUUUCAACUCCACGUUCCACAUUGUGGCCGAUAUACUGCUCGCAGUUCUUCCCGAUUCCCAUUCUGAAGACAAUCCAAAUUACUCAUCGACGGAAGACAACCCACUUGAAUUUUUCGUGGCGUGUACCUCUCCAAGUUGUCCGUUAUCUUUUCUUUCCAAAAGCAGAGGAAGAGCCAUUUCUGCCGUUGCUCCGUCUUAACAAUGAAAUAAAAAUGAAAAAUCAAAAACAACACAACAGCAGGCACUCCUCCGCCGAAGAACUCUGCACUUCCCUUGAAGUUUUCGUGAGCACAAUCUGCGCCUCAGUCCCAACCAUGCGUUCAAUCAUCAAAAUGCAUAUGGGGGGCAGCGGUGCGGAUCGUGGGCCCAGCUAUGAGGCAGACAAAAAUUCUGACAGCAAUCGCGGACAAGCAUUGACGCUCAACAACGGAUGGAGAAAAACCACGGCGAGACCUCAAUAG